AUGAUCAUCUUCAUCUAUCUCGUCCGCCUGGCCUUCCAGUUCAAGCCUUAUCAGGUCGAGUUCAACUAUGAUCCGGGACCCGUUCGACCAGAGCUAUACCCCGUCUCUAAGACUCUCACUCUGCCGCGAGGUUGGCCUGCAAAGAUCCCCAAGAUCCAGUCUGAGCUGGUGGUCGAGACGCCCCAGAUGGCGCACGCCAGGGAGGGGCGACUCCAAGAACUGCGCGCUACGUUCCAGGUCACCUGGCGCGGAUACAGGCAAGAAGCAUGGGGCAAGGAUGAGUUGAGACCCAUCUCCGGUGGCUUCAAGACACCAUUCUGCGGAUGGGGUGCAACGCUUGUUGACAGCCUCGAUACUCUCUGGAUCAUGGAACUGUACGACGAGUUCAUCGAGGCGGUCCGAGAAGUGCAAAAGAUCGAUUUCACGGGCACGGAAGGCUGUCAAAUCAACUUAUUUGAGACUACGAUCAGACACUUGGGAGGCUUGCUGUCAGCAUUCGAUCUGAGCGGAGGAGAGUACUAUAUUUUGAUAGAGAAGGCUGUGGAACUUGCAGAGGUACUGUUUACAGCUUUUGAUACUCCGAAUCGGAUGCCUACCCCGUUCCUUGUGUGGUCCGCAACAAACCCGGACGCGAACAACCACGAGCCGAGUCAGAGCAGUGUCCUGGCUAUGCUUGGCACGCUCUCUCUUGAGUUCACCCGCUUGUCUCAGAUCACUGGGAACGAUAAGUACUUCGAUGGCAUACAGCGUGUGAUGAACGAGCUAGAAAAAUGGCAAUCUCAAACUUCCCUGCCUGGAAUGUGGCCCGCAAUAGUCGACUCUGCUAUAUUCAAUCAGAGCUUUGCUCUCGGUUCUCCGCCCGGGGGAUCAGAGGAGUUAUUCACACUGGGCGCAUUAGCAGACUCAGCUUACGAGUACCUGCCAAAGCAAUAUAUGAUGCUAGGUGGCCAGUCCAAGCAAUAUCGCAACAUGUACGAACGCUUCGUCGAAGUCGCAAAAGAGCAUCUCUUCUUCCGUCCCAUGACAAUCGGAAAUAAAGACAUUCUACUCUCCGGCACCGUGAAGAAGACAGCCAACGGCGUAGCAAGAUUCAGCCCUGACGUGGAGCAUCUAAGCUGCUUUACAGGAGGCAUGCUCGCCAUCGCAGGUAAGAUCUUCAACCGGCCCGACGACGUCACCCAAGGCCGCAAACUCGCAGAUGGCUGUGUCUGGGCGUACCAGAAUACCAUCUCGGGGAUCAUGCCCGAAGCUUUCACCGCCGUGCCUUGUGAGAACAAGAGUUAUUGCUGCUGGAAUGAGAAAGCCUGGUACGAUGCCGUUGAUCCUGUCUCUGACCCUGGCACCGUUCGCUGGGGGAUCAAUUCCGAGCGCCUCUCUCCUGGUUUUGCAAAGGUUAAGGAUAAACGAUAUUUGCUACGCCCCGAAGCCAUCGAAUCCGUCUUCAUCCUCUACCGAAUCACAGGCGAUGAGUACUGGCGUGAGAGAGGUUGGGAUAUGUUCACGGCCAUCAGCGCACAUACCAAGACGCAGCUCGCCCAUUCAGCUAUCGACAACGUGCUGGUUCCUUCUCCAGGAAAGCUGGAUGAGAUGGAAUCGUUCUGGCUUGCGGAGACGCUGAAGUACUUCUUCCUUCUGUACAGCGACCCCUGUGUCGUUAGUCUGGAUGAAUACGUAUUCAAUACGGAAGCGCAUCCUUUGAAACGACCAAGCUAAAUAUGAAAUCAGCAGAGUGCAAGCUCAUGAGAGAAAGGUGGUAUUUGGGAGAGAGAAAGAUAGCAGACUCUGAUAUCUGAUCUGUCAACUCUCUGCAUCACGAGGUCUCUUCCUUUCUAUCAGAAUCCCCACUCUGUACUGCGGUCAACUCGUCGGUUACCUAGUUAGUUAGUUGCUCACCAUCCCUUCUCUCUGCCGCAAUAGCGAUCAGACACAACACUAGCUGCUAGAUAGAGCCGACCUUGCCCAUAACAUAAAAUCAAG